AACCAUAGACAUCUUUACCUUCUUUAAAACAAAACAUUGCAAGGCAGAAAAGCAGAACUAUCAAGAGCCAAAAUGAGACCCGGAUCCCGUUUAGUCUCUUCUCUCCUCUUCUUUCUCUCUUACAGUAAUAUCCUCCACCAUUUGCAAGCCCAGCCAAGCACUCAGGGAUUCACCUGCCCAGCCAACCAGAGUUCCUUUCCAUGUCAAACCUAUGCCUUCUACCGAGCCUCAGCUCCUAACUUCCUUGACCUUGCCUCAAUCGGUGACCUUUUCUCGGUUAGCCGCCUUAUGAUAUCAAAACCAGGUAACAUCUCCUCUCCAACCUCACCUCUCAUCCCCAAUCAACCCCUCUUUGUCCCUUUAUCAUGUUCUUGCAACCCCAUCAAUAGCACUAGCAUUUCCUCUGCAAACAUCACAUAUACCAUCCUGGAAGGCAACACUUUCUACAUUGUCUCGACUGAAUACUUCCAAAACCUUACGACCUACCAGUCUGUUGAGCUUUUCAACCCUACACUUAUCCCCGAACUACUCGACAUAGGAGUAGAGGUGAUCUUUCCAAUAUUUUGCAAGUGUCCUAAUCAAACCCAGUUGCAAAACAAGGUGAAUUAUCUGGUAUCUUAUGUGUUUCAGCCUUCUGAUAACUUAUCUUCAGUUGCUUCAACAUUUGGAGUUGAAACACAAUCUAUUGUUGAUGUUAAUGGCAAUAACAUCCAGCCUUAUGAUACCAUAUUCGUUCCAGUCAAUCAACUUCCACAACUGGCACAACCUACAGUAGUUGUUCCUUCUGGGGCGCCGCCCCCUGAGAAGACAGAGAGGAAAGGUGUGAUUAUAGGAUUAGCAGUUGGGCUAGGAAUUGCUGGGCUUUUAUUGGUCUUGGUAAGUGGGGUUUGGUUUUAUAGAGAGGGUGUGUUGAAGAAGAGAAGAGAUGUUGAGAAAGUUGAGGAGAAGCGUAGGAUGCAGUUAAAUGGGGGAAGGAAAGGGUUGAAGGAUAUAGAAGUGAGUUUGAUGGCAGAUGUUUCAGAUUGCUUGGAUAAGUACAGGGUUUUUAAGAUUGAUGAACUGAAAGAAGCUACUAACGGGUUCAGUGAAAAUUGCUUGAUUGAAGGAUCUGUGUUUAAAGGGUCCAUAAAUGGAGAGACCUAUGCCAUCAAGAAGAUGAAGUGGAAUGCCUGUGAGGAGCUCAAGAUAUUGCAGAAGGUAAACCAUGGCAACUUGGUGAAGCUAGAGGGCUUUUGCAUAGACCCCGAGGAUGCAAAUUGCUAUCUGGUCUAUGAGUUCGUAGACAAUGGCUCUCUACAUUCGUGGUUGCAUCGCAACGAGAAAGAAAAACUAAGCUGGAAAACAAGGUUACGCGUUGCAAUUGAUGUUGCAAAUGGUCUCCAAUACAUCCAUGAGCACACUAGGCCAAGGGUUGUGCACAAAGACAUUAAAAGCAGCAAUAUCCUCUUGGACUCCAGCAUGAGAGCCAAAAUUGCCAACUUUGGACUAGCAAAAUCAGGCUGCAACGCCAUAACAAUGCACAUUGUUGGCACUCAAGGCUACAUUGCGCCUGAAUAUUUAGCUGAUGGUGUGGUGUCAACGAGAAUGGAUGUUUUCUCUUUUGGUGUGGUUUUGCUUGAGCUAAUCUCAGGAAGAGAAGCAAUUGAUGAAGAAGGCAAGGUUUUGUGGGCAGAAGCUAUUGGAAUUCUGGAAGGAAAUGUUGAAGAGAGGAGGAAGGUAAAGAGAUUGACAGCAUGGAUGGACAAGGUUCUUUUAGAGGAGUCAUGCUCAAUGGAGAGUGUAAUGAAUACAAUGGCUGUUGCAAUUGCUUGCUUGCAUAGAGAUCCAUCAAAGAGGCCUAGCAUGGUGGAUAUUGUCUAUGCCUUGUGCAAGAGCGAUGAUUUGUUUUUUGACAUCUCAGAAGACGGAUUGUCAAACCCUCAGGUAAUGGCAAGAUAAGUUGUGUUUUUGGGGAGCUGGUGAUCAGAUUUAGGGAGUCAUUAAAGUAAAGGGUUAUAUAUUUAAGCUUAAUAAUACGAUGUAAUAUACAUAUUAAGACUGAAACAUACGGUGCCACUUUGCACAUAAACAAAUUAAAGUGGAAAUUGGCCUGAAA